CCUACUCUCUCAGUCCCUCUCUCUGUAUCUAUAUAUCUGUAUCUAUCUCUAUAUCUUUAUCUUCUUCAUCUUCAUCUUCAUAUAUAGACAAGACAACAAAAAGACAUUAGGCUUAGAUCUGCGUCCACAAAACUUUAUCCAGCUUACAUUAUUUGUAAAGGUGAUACCAAAUGGCAGAGGUAGAAAUCAAAAAUCUUCUUAAUGGAGAAAUAACAUGUGGUUCGCUACUUCAUCAGUUGCAGAAAAUUUGGGAUGAGGUGGGUGAAUGUGACGAGGAGAGGGAUAAAAUGCUUCUUCAGCUAGAGCAAGAGUGUUUAGACGUAUACAAGAGGAAAGUUGACCAGGCUGUAAAGUCAAGAGCACAUCUCCUUCAGGCUCUGGCUGAUGCUAAACUUGAACUCUCUACUCUCCUUGCAUCCCUUGGAGAGAAAACAUUUGCUGGAAUCCCUGAGAAGCCAUCAGGAACCAUUAAGGAACAGCUUGAAGCUAUUGCGCCAGCAUUGAAACAAUUGUGGACACAGAAAGAAGAUAGGAUAAAGAAGUUCUUGGAUGUACAAACACAAAUACAGAAGAUAUGUGGUGAGAUUUCAGGGGGUAAUCUUCAGGCAGGAACCCCAAAAGUUGAUGAGUCAGAUCUAUCGUUGAAGAAGUUGGAUGAAUUUCAUGACCAGCUGCAAGAACUUCAGAAAGAGAAGAGUGAUCGAUUGCACAAGGUCUUGGAAUUUGUGAGCGCUGUACAUGAUCUUUGUGCCAUUCUUGGGAUUGACUUUUACAGCACGGUGACGGAUGUUCAUCCAAGCUUAAAUGAUGCAACUGGUGUACAGUCUAAAAGCAUAAGCAAUGACACACUAGCUACGCUUGCUAAGACCGUCUCCACUUUAAAAGAAGAUAAGAAACAACGCCUGGAGAAGCUUCAAGUAUUAGCAACUCAGCUAAUUGACCUUUGGAAUCUAAUGGAUACGUCUGAAAAUGAGCGUAGCUUGUUUGAUCAUGUUACAUGUAAUGUAUCAGCUUCAGUUGAUGAAGUCAAUAUGCCAGGGGCUCUUGCUGUAGAUUUGAUCGAGCAGGCUGAGGUGGAGGUCGAAAGGCUAGAUAAGCUUAAAGCUAGCAGAAUGAAAGAGAUCGCCUUUAAGAGGCAGGGUGAGCUUGAAGAGAUUUUUGCACGUGCACACAUAGAGAUUGACACACAGGCCGCUAGGGAGAAAAUUUUGUCCCUCAUUGAUUCUGGGAAUGUCGAGCCUUCCGAGUUGCUAGCGGACAUGGAUAAUCAGAUUAUAAAAGCUAAAGAAGAAGCAAUCAGUAGGAAAGAUAUAUUAGAUAAGGUUGAGAAGUGGAUGUCAGCAUGUGAAGAAGAAAGUUGGCUUGACGAUUACAAUAGGGAUCACAACAGGUACAAUGCAAGCAGGGGUGCACAUUUAAAUCUCAAGAGAGCUGAGAAGGCCAGAAUUUUGGUCAAUAAAAUUCCUGCUCUUGUUGACUCCUUGAUUGCCAAAACUCGAACAUGGGAAGAGGAACAUGAACAUACUUUUGUUUAUGACGGCGUUCCACUCCUUGCCAUGCUAGACGAAUAUGCUUUGCUCAGGCAUGAUAGAGAAGAAGAGAAACGAAGGAUGAGGGACCAGAAGAAAUUUCAUGAACAGUUAAACACAGAACAAGAAGCUAUCUUCGGUUCAAGACCAAGCCCUGCUCGUCCGCUUAGCAGUACGAAGAAGGUAGUCGGACCACGUGUCAAUGGUGGCGCAGCAAAUGGAACUCCUAACAGGCGAUUGUCUCUGAACCAAAACGGAAGUAAGUCAGGCAGAAGGGACAGCAACGCCAGGCCAAUUGCUCCUUCAAACUAUGUGGCUAUAACAAAAGAAGAUGCUGCUUCACAUGUAUCGGGUACGGAGCCCGCCCCAAAUACACCUUAAAAUCAAUCGAGUCAGCGUAAAAAUUUAGGAUCAUACCCCCCCUCUUGCGGUUCCAUGUUACUAUAUAACUAGUUUAAAGAUGCAUAAUUGGAGACUGGAGAGUGACUGGACAUACUUUAGUUACCUUGUUUGCAUUAUAUUAGUAUCUCUUAAUUACCCAAA